AUGCUAUUUCGUAUUCGGCCCACACAACUUCACUACCAUGUAGAACAUCUAAUGAAAGGUGGUAUAUACAGUAAAGCCCCGAUAUGGUAUCCAGUAAUGAAAAUGUUUCCACCAGGACAAAGUUUACCUCGGGCUUCUAAUAAUAACGCUACCAGCACUUUAAAUAAGAAGAAUAAUAAAAAUAGCACUAAACAUUUACGCACAAAAAGUGCAAGACCGCAACCGAUAGUCUACCCGGAAGACGCUUUGCGCCGUCAGUUCUAUCGUGAUCACCCAUACGAGCUGUUACGUCCGCGGGUGUUGAUGGAAAAAGAGAUUCAGGUUGAUAAGGUGUGGAAGUCGUUGGUGGGUGAUGAUGAAGAUCCGUCUGAGGUGACCGGUGAAAGUGUUAUUCAGUAUCAAAUGUAUCUAAUGGCGCAUAAAGGUAUGAGUCAACGUCAAGCCUACGCGAUCGCAUGCAACGAAUUUUACAAGAUACGUGCACGUGAAGAGAUCGAGCAACGGGUUGCUGAGGAACAAGCGAUUGCUUUCGGUGCUGUGCGUAAGAAAUCUGAAGUUGAGAAGACAAUGUGGAAAGAGUAUAAGGAGAUAAGGCGGACGAGGAAUGCCGUUUGA